CUUUAUAUAUGUAUAUAUUAGUUACAAGAGAAAGUGGUGCUGGUGCGUUUAAGGUUGAUUUCAUUUCCUUUUUCAAAGACUGACGUUUAAACAACUGAUAGUAUGUGGCACCUUGGCAAUACCUCUCUGUAGUUAUCGUAUACUGUUCUACAUCCUAAAGAGUAGCAGAGGAGGAGAAAACAACACUAUCAGUCUAGUGGUCCCAACCACAGGGAGACAGUUAUAUCAACAUCUCGGCAUAGGUCACAUAGAAGAAAUGGAUUUGCCGGCAAACUACGAAAAACAUGUCAUUAUUUGUCAGUUGUGUGAUAAAGUGCUGGUGAAACCGAAGACUCUCCAAUGCUUGCAUUCCUUUUGUUCAGCAUGUCUCCUCUCCCACUUCAAGACUAUACCAGAAGGCAAUCGGUCAGACUGUUCAUUCCAUUGUCCAUCCUGUCGGACUAUUACAAAGCUGCCCGUUUCGGAUAUUCCAAUUGACUCUUGGCUGCCAUUGAUUCCAAACAGUACCCUACUGACAACACUCGUAGAGAGGGUUUCCCUUGGAGAAGUAAAGAGCUGCGGUCCUUGUACACGUGGUGAUGUCGUAACGACCCCGGUGUCGUGGUGUUACGAUUGUGGCGAAGCCCUCUGUGACCAGUGUGCUGUUUAUCACCAGCGAAUGAAAACGUUGAUGGAUCAUACUGUUCUAAACUUAGAGGAAAUCCGGAAUAAACCUUCCAAGAUGGCGGAAACGGAAGAGCUAUGUGAAACUCACGCCGGAAAGGUGGUGGAAGCUUUCUGUUACGACCAUGAUCGCUUAUGUUGUUUAGAUUGUGUCACAUACGAUCACAAAAAAUGCCAGAAAGUUAAGUCAUUAGAGGAGAUAUCUUGUGGUAUCAAAGGAGCUGGUGUCAUCAAGUCAGUGGCUGAUAAAUUAAAAUGGGUCGAGGACCAUGCUGUGGCAGUUAUUAACAGUCGUUCCAACACAAUCGAAGAACUUGACCAUAAGAAGGAAGCAAUUUUAUCACAAGUUGCAUCGUUACGUGAGGAAAUCGAAACACUUCUUCAACAAAUGGAAGCAAAGCUAAAAGAGGAGGUAUCCAAAAUGCAUGAAGCAGUUGUCGAACAGUUAAAACUCCAACGGAAGGAUUUCGAAUUUGUAUAUAAAGCAACCGACAACGGAAAGAAGAUCCUUGCAGUCUCCGAGGAUAUAGGUACAGAUAAUGAGGUUUAUGUCACAACUCAGAAACUUCGAAAAAGAUGCGAGGAACACGAACAGUUUGUAAAAUCAGAAAGUAGCAGGGUGUACAAUUACAACUAUGAAUUUGUUGUCAAUGACGUCAUCAACGAGUUUACUCAAAACGUGCUUUCUAUUGGCAGAAUCAACAUACUAAGGGCACCAAAUAACAUACUUCCGGCCUAUCUGAAAGACAUGCGCAUUGAAAAGAUUUUAGAAAUAAACGGAAAGUGCCCAGGGGACACGAACCAUUGCUGGUUUACCGGGGGACUAUUCACAUCGAGAGAGUUUCUCGUAUUGGCAGAUUACAGAAACAGAAAGAUAAAGUGCUUCGGUGAAUCUGGUAGCUUGGUUUCAUCACUGGAACUACAGGGACAACCCUGGGACAUUUGUGAGCUUACAAAUGGAGAAUUAGCUGUCACCUUUCCAGAUGAGUCGACUAUAUCUCUGUUGGAGGUAGGUCACGAAGGAGAAAUUACAUGUGGAAGCAAAACUAUUGAAGUGGGCAUGGGAUGUCAUGGAAUUCAACUAGUUAGCGAAACCUUGGUGAUUGCAUGUUCCAACGAAAUACGGAUGAUAGGUAUAGAUGGCACACUGCAGAGCACUCAUCCACUAGAGGAACGCGGUACAAGGUAUGCAAGGGCUGACAAGGACAAUAUUGUUUUCACAGACAAGGCCGGCAUGACAUCAAAACGUUUGUCCGGAACCAACGUAUUCAAGUACAGGGACUCCGAGCUACGAUCUCCGCGUGGAUUUACCCGCGACCAUGAAGGCAAUUUCUAUGUGUGUGGAAUGGAUUCUAACAACGUCCAUCAAUUCACAAAAGAUGGCUUACUCAACAAAGUUUUACUCACAGCUAAGGAUGGUAUCCGCAACCCUUACGCCAUUGGAUUUCAGCGAGAGAGCACCAAACUGUUUCUGACACAGAUGGAUUGUGACCUUGUCGCCCUGUACAAACUGGUAACGAGAUGGUGAGAUGGGCAAGCACACACUGGCACUCUACUCAAGUACAUGUAUCUUAAUCAAUUUUUUAAACGGGAACAUUAGUUAAUAAAUAUACCAUGUUAUUACUUAUCCCAAAAUAUAAACAAAAAACACCAAUAAUGCAUUAGAUGAUAUAGGAUUGUAUGUGUGGGUUCCAACCCAGCUCAACUGGGAAACUAUGACACAAGUAUUCCACAAAUUGUGCAUACGAUACAACCAUCUUAGAAUUAUUGGAUUAUUAGUUAACCGAUAUAUGUAUUACAGUCGCAAUGUCUACUUUUCUCAUUUAGGACCUACCCUAGUUUUUAUGACCAACUUCGACAUUAUACUCUGAGUAUUCAUUACGCGCCCCAUAGAAUAUAUUCUUAGAGGAAUUGCUCCAAAAAAGCAUGGUUAACAUAAAAGUGAAAUCCAAUCCCUAUAUUGAUUCAGAAACUUGGGAAUUUGGAUCAAUGGUUACGUACCAUUCUACACCAUGGUAUUCUUAACUUAUCUUGCCAAGAAUUGCCUUCAAAGAUUUCCAUAUAUUUGUGCAUAUAUAUAAUUAUACUGAUAAAAUUUUCGGCGUGUAGACGGUAUCAGUGAGUAAAUGGAUGGAAGUAAUUUGGUUAUAAUGUAUGAAAGACAAUGAGCAUCAUUAUUGGCGCAACUAUUUGAUGGAAUAUGUCAACUUAUAUUGAGAUGUUACAAGUAGUGAAAACUGCCCCAAUUAUAGACAUUGUCAUAAGAAUCAUUAUACAUUGUAUUAUGCAAAUUUUCCUUGUUGGAAAUUGGCAAUGGUGAAACAACACAAGAACAUUAAAGAUUUUUUUAUUGUUCAACGAUUUAUAGUAUGUAUAUAAAAUCUACGAAAUCGGGUAGAAAAGUUUGGAGUUUUGGACUAGAUCAUGUGUAAAUGAAGAAUCAUCCGCAAGCUACCAAGACUAGCUAAAAUUAAAACAUAGUCUCCUCACAAUCUCACAAACCGAACCCUCACCAAUAUCAAAAUAUGAAAUGUAAUUCGUUGAAUCCUUAUAGCCAAAAAAGCACACAUGCUCUCCAAGAUUGAUUCUCCGUUGAUCUGUUUAUAUCUCAAUAAUUUGAGCCAGUUUACCGCGUGUGAAUACAUUUAGAUAUUGACGGACUUCUCUUCGCAAACCACGUGUCACUAUUUACUGACAAACGCCAUGUCUAAUUUACAUAUCGACAUAAAAUCAUUUAUAAAAUGGAAUAUUAAACAACUGUGAAAUAUUACGAUUCAAUGCAAAUACAAGACUUGAAAUGCGGGAACUUUUUCUUCUGUUAGCAUGAUGAAAGUGGGCGGGGUUUACAUGUGGCCGUCUGUCAACAGCUUUUGCAGAUGACUGCUGUGCAUGGGUGAAAACUUGACAUCAAUAUUUAAAUUUGAACGUAGAUCUCGCAGGGUAAAUGUUUAUAUCUAGCUUCUGAACGCUGUUAUUAAAAUAUUUUGUUUAGUUGAUGAUAUCAUAAAUCUAAGAAAACGAUGAAUUGUUGGUGAACGCAAUUUACCUCAUGCUGCAUUGGAUUUUUGAUCCUACAAUCUAAAUAAAAUAAAAGGAGACAAUGAAACAUUUGUAAUGAGAAUCAAUGUUAUUUAUUUAGAUUGUUGUUCUUAUUCUUCUUAUAUUUGUCUAAGGAUGUCCGUGCAAAUCUAUGUUUUGUUUUGCAUUUCUAUGCGUUGUAUCGGUUUGGUGCUGUGGUUUCUUUCUACAAUAGCAGACUUAGCAUCCUUAAUGCAUUGUGACUCAUUGUUAUCAAGAAAGGAGCUUAACCUUGUACAUGCAUACGUUAGCAGAAAACACGUGUUUGUAAAGAGAAUUAUUCAUGAACUAGAUACCUUAAACACCCGGAUGUUACAGUACGUCAAUACAUAUUACUAUGAUAUAAUAUACAAUAGCGACAUCUUGACAGAAGCGUUGAUAUUUUCGUAACACAUCUUUUUUAAGGAGCGUUCAUGUGAUUUGCCUGUUAUCACAAAAUUAAAAAAAUGUAUACACGUAAAUGUUUUGUUUCAUAAAUGCAAUUUUAGUAACACAGGUGUGUCGGUUCACUGUACACAAGGUUUAUGCUAUAUAUCGCCUGAGGGAUUGAAGACACACACCAAAAGAAGUGAAUAGCUCAUUUACAUACGCAAUAAGUUAGACUGUAUUCUACAGCUGUUUCGUCCUAGGAGCACAGUGCAUGCAUGACUGAUAUAGGCAAUAUCAUAGAUAACACAUCAUCAUGAUUUUCUGCUUUGCGUGCUGUUUUAAACCAGGUACACAUAAAAUGAGCGCUUGCCCAGUUUGAAUAUCUAACUUUUUUAUGAGCUGAACCUACUCCGAAUGUAAAAUACAUACUGGACUUCUGAGGAUAUUUUUGUUUGCAGUCAACCGGUAAUAACAUAGUGUUCAUAUAGUAGUCACCAUUUUAUGUAAGUGGUUCAAUUUAAAUAAGCAAUAAGCAUUAAUUGUUUUACCUUUUCCCUACCAUACACAGAUAUUCCUCCAUAAAGUUGGCAGAAAUAUG